CGACGCGUCUUGCAAGAUUACGCCUGAGAAUUCCAAAUUCUCAUCUGAAUGUUGAACGCAUCUAUCAACUGUCUCUCCUAUCAUCACUAGCUACAAAGCAUUACUGCACCCUUGUCUCCGCAAAAACCAAGAACCAAUUUUCGAAUUGAUAAUGAAGCGUGCCAACACAUCUACAUCUACUCCCAAAAUCAUUCUCAAACCGCGCCUCGCGCAAACGCCAGCUACGCCGUCUGUCGUAGAUGAAGAGGAUGACGACUCUGUCGAAGAAGGCGAACUCCAGACCAAGAGAGAGGAUUCAGAGGGUGUCCUUGACGAAGACGAGCCUGGUGAUGAGGAACCCGAAGAAGGUGCUGCCGAAGGUGAAGGAGACGAAGGUGAAGGCAGCGGAGCGGAGGAGGUAGGGCCUGAAGGCGUGGAGCCACGACCGUUCCCUCGCCCACGGGGACGCCCGCGUGGAAGAGGUCGAGGUGCAGCCCCCACUGGGCCCGGUCGCGCAAGAGGACGCGGGAGAGGAAGGGGACGAGGACGAGGGCGGGGUCGUGGGUCUUUGACUAUUCGACUACCAAAGCGUGACGGCGAAGACGCUGACGACGCUGAAGCAGAGGAAGGGGAGCAAGAUGGUCGUCCAUUCAUGCGAGUAGGAGGAAAGGUGUACUUUAUUGACGGGGAUGAGUUUGUCGCGGACCCGGACGAGAAAGGUGACGAGAAGGUUGACGUGGAUGGCAAUCUUCUAGGAGGUCGUAAGUUCAAAUGCCACACCUUCGUGCUACCCCAGCGGCACCCAAGCCGGCAGUAUAUGCUCGCCAUCGAUGCCGCGCGUGCGUCAGGGUUUCGUGAUUCUCUAUAUUUCUUCCGGCGUAAUCCACUCGCGCUCAAGCUCUCCGCCACGCAACCCGAAAAGGAGUUCCUCAUCUCCGCAGGCAAGCUCGGUGCACACCUGAAAACGCGUAGUGUCACCCUCGUUACCGCACGCAGUGCAUAUAAACUCCAUGGUGCCAAAAUGAUCCUAGAUGGCCGCUGGGUCACAGACGACUACUACGAAUCGAAAUGUCUCGCUGAGAUCACAGAAAAAGGACUUAAGCCAGGCGACCUCGUCGGCGAGCUUCCCGACCCCCUGGGUGCCUCAUCUCAAACCGCACCUUCAGGCCAGCAGCCCGCCACCUCUACGUCAUCGGGUAUAUAUCGAGCGGGAGGACCUACGACCAUUUUCGGGAGCACUGGUUGGGGACCGUUUAGUGAUGGUCCACACAGCGCGGUGCGCAAAUCGCUGCUAACAAGGGAGGGACUCACGGAAGAGAACUGGAUGAUGGAGGCUGCGCGGCGUGUCGGAGAUGCCGGUGAUGACUGGACGCGGAUGAGAAGGGAGGCAAGGGUUGCGUGUGGUGGGAUCCUCGGGGAUGGACUUGAUAAGGGGAAGGGGAAGGAAGUGCAGGCGGCCGAUGGAGAGGAGAAGCGAGGGGCAACUGAGGAGCUGGAGGGUGCGGAGAGGAAGAGAGCGAGAUCUGAGGAGUCCCAGUAUCCGCUUGGCGUGUAUGAGCCACACACAGGACUGGUGCAUUAUCGCGCAGAUACGCAACCUACCCGCUGUCACUGGGAACAAAUUGGACAGCGGAAGAUGCUUCGGGGAACGAAGGCAGGAAAUGGCGCUUGGGCGCUUGCGUGGGUCGAUACACAUAUUGAACUGCCCACGCCAAAAGAGGCAGAUCCAUAUGCACAAACGAGAGCAGACAUUUUGGAGGCAGUAAGGGAGAUGUGUUAGGAGAUCAGUUCCUGUCCCCGCUGUUUACACAAUGGAUAAGGUCAUGCGGUGUUGCCUGAUAAAGUUUAGUUAUAUUCAGGGGUCCGUAUUUUUGUUUUUGUACUAAGCUUGGACUGAUUGUGUAACGAAAACACCGUCACUAUGCAUGUAGGGUCAUUAUCGAUCUUUACGAGCUUAAGGCUUGAAGCUUGAAAGCUUGAUACCUGAUACUAUUGAGAGUGUCUGAUAAGGAUCUUGUACGUUUUUUUUCGCGUUGCCAAACGGCAAUUCACUUGACGUCCUUCAACUUGAA